GCUGACACUCCCACGUAUCGAUGACGGCCAAAAGAAGCCAGACGACAACAAGACGCGCACGAGACAUCGCAGACAGCGGGAAGCCUGUCUCCUUGUGUUGAAAGAUUGACUGAAGCUCUACCAUGCCUGUGGCCUCCACCAGGACAGAACCUGUGCCCCAGGUGUUGGACGCAAUGAGUGACAGCACCAACAGUUCCACCACGGCCAAUGACCUGGACCUCAUCUACCUCAAAGGCAUCAUGGAGAGCCCUCCGGAGUAUGAGGAGAGCCUGAAGGAGCCGCGUCCGUCGCCAGUGAGGGAGAACAACGUGGAGCUCUUGCAGGAGAUCCUCAGAGACCUGGACCCCUUCACACACCGCUCCGACACUGCAGCGGAGCUCGCCCUCAUACUCACACAGCCUCACUUCCAGUCUCUACUGGAGACCCAUGAUUCAGUGGCGUCCCAGACAUGUGACAGCCCCCCCCCCAGCCCAUGUGAUUUUGUGGAUCAUGAGCCGGAGGAAGGCCACAAAAACAACCUGCACCUGCCACCUGACGCAAUCCGCAUGGUGGGCAUACGCAAAGUGGCAGGGGAGCAUCUGGGUGUGACGUUCAAGGUGGAGUGUGGUGAGCUGAUUAUAGCCCGCAUCCUCCAUGGAGGGAUGAUAGACCAGCAAGGACUGCUGCACGUUGGAGAUAUCAUCAAAGAGGUUAAUGGACGAGAGGUUGGCCAGGACCCCAGGGUGCUGCAGGAGGAGCUGCAGGCAGCCAGUGGAAGUGUAGUUCUGAAAAUACUGCCUAGCUACCAUGAAACCAUAACACCAAGUCAGGUGUUCUUUAAGUGUCACUAUGACUACGACCCGGCCAAUGAUAACCUGAUUCCCUGUAAGGAGGCGGGCUUAAGGUUUGAGACAGGCGACAUCCUUCAGAUAGUCAACCAGGAUGAUGUCAACUGGUGGCAGGCCCGUCAUGUGGAGGGUGGUAGUGCGGGGUUGAUCCCCAGUCAGAUGCUGGAGGAGAAGAGGAAAGCAUUUGUCAAGAAAGAUGUGGAACUGGCGCCUGCAGGAAAUCUUUGUACUGGUGUUGGAGGGAAGAAGAAGAAGAAAAUGAUGUAUGUGACCACCAAAAACGCAGAGUUCGACCGACAUGAGAUAUUGCUCUACGAGGAGGUGGCCAAGGUCCCGCCUUUCAAGAGGAAAACUCUGAUUUUGAUUGGUGCCCAGGGUGUGGGGCGGCGGAGACUGAAGAACAAGCUUCUACUGAGGGAUCCACUCGUCUUUGGCACCACCAUUCCAUACACCUCCAGAAAGCCCAAAAAGGAAGAUCGCGAGAGUCGGAUGUACGCCUUUACCAGCCGCAGCAAGAUGGAGACCGACAUCAAGAACGGGCGCUAUCUUGAACAUGGAGAAUACGACGGCAACCUGUACGGAAUCAAGAUCGACUCCAUACAUGAGGUGGUGGAGGCGGGGCGCGUCUGCAUACUGGACGCCAACCCUCAGUCUCUCAAACUGCUGAGGACCUCCGAGUUCUUGCCUUAUGUGGUCUUCCUUCAGUCUCCGGACUUCGAGGUGCUCAAGGCGAUGAACCACUCAGCUGUAGAGGCAGGGGUAGUCACUAAAACACUGACGGAUGAAGAGCUGCAGAGGACGAUCGACGAGAGCGCUAAAAUCCAGUCGGCCUACGGUCACUACUUUGACCUCAGCAUCAUCAACGACAACCUGGAUGAAACCUACCGCACCGUCAAGGCCGCCCUGGAAACGGUUUCUAAAAACCCCCAGUGGGUCCCCGUCACAUGGGUUUUCUAGACCAAGGCUGAAGGCAGAGGAGGGAGGGAAUGCCAGGAUGAAGGAAGGCACUGAAAAUCUAAAUAAUAGUGUGUAAAUAAUGGAAGUUCUUUUUUAGACUUUGUGAAGUUUCCACAUAGAUCAAGACCUUAGCAGUAGCUUAGCAUCAAAAAACUAUUUUCUUGCUAAAGUAACAGCUUUGCAUCAAAAUGACCUUACUUACACAAGGUAUGAAGGUUGAAGGUAUGUGAAUAAGACAGCUAUUAUUUCAGCAGGAUUAUAUUUUUCUGUGCAGGGAGGAUAGGAAGGAGGGUAUAGAAAGAAACGAGAGAGACAGAAAAAGACGGCGGUGGAAAAGACAAAUGAAAUCGUGAAUGUCAGAUUUUACCUGGACACAUGAAGGACCGUGUGUGUGUGCCUGAGCAUGGACUUUAAGGCUUGUAAGUUUUUUAAUGAUUUGUGCCAUUACUGAUGCUCAUCAGCAGAUGUCAUUGUUUACAUUUCAUGAUCAAAACGAUCAUUACUGAUGGUUACACUUAAUCUGCAGGCUAUGAGGGCUCGAAAAAUGUAUUAGCAGUACCCGAUCUAUUGAUUAUUUGUUCGCUUAAUUAACCAAAAACCAAAAAUGUAACUUAGAAUGUUGACGCCCACCACAACCUACAAGAGACCAAACACAUAUCUUAAAACUGCUUAUUUGUUGGUCUGGCAGUCCAAAAACCCAGAAGUUGUCAAAUUACAACAACAUGAAAUGAAAAAGGCAAGAGAUUUCUCUUAUUGUAAUUAAUUGACUUGUCAUGAUUAAUUAUUUGGCUAACACAUGCAACGCUUCAGUGGGUGUGUAACACAAUAAUACAGAAGCUACAGAUUUCCUCAGAUUUGUUUUUUUUAUUGGAGAAUGUUAUACCCGACAAACGUACGAUCGAGCGCCAACAAUGACAACCUCACAGGCCAUCUGUUCUCUGUGUUACAUAGGCCGCCUUUCCUAUCUUGUUCUUUAUUUUAAUGUUGUCACACACACAUUCACAGGCACUCCAACUACACAAAAACUAUACAGGUAAUGAAAAGAUAGAAAGCCAUACAAUUUGCACAUCAAUAUAUUAAAUCUACGUGCCAUCCUUGUAGCUAGAGAGAAAAAGCCACAACUAGAAUCAUCUUGGGGGAGAGUUGGUUGUAUGGAAGUACUGCCAUCAUGUAACAACCAGGCACAGUGGUGGACCUGAAACAACUUCUAACUAAGUCAGUGUGAAAGUCUAUUUAGGUAGAUAUAUUUCCAGAUUUACUGUCAGUGUUAGCAUUGUUAGCUAGCUAGCUGAAAAUAUGAUAGCUGAAAAUUACUUUUAACAAUUGAGUGACAUUCAACUAGCUCGCCAACACUACUUCUACAGCUUCCUCCAGCAAAGUAUGUCAACUAGUGUGCAAAUAAAAUGUGCAGAGGAAAGUGAUGAUUAGUUGACUCGUUACAUUAUAGCCAGGACCCCCACAAGGGGUCAGAAGACAAAUCGGAGGGGCAACAAGAUGGUUAACAGGAUAGGAAACAGAAAUUGUACUACUUCAAAAUCACUUCUUUUUUCCAGCUAUGCCCGAAAUCACUUUUUUGUCACAUUAAACAAAUCCAACCUCUGAUGAGGGGUCAGUAGUACACAAUGCUUUGUUUUAAAGGCUCAGAUGAAUCACUGCCUUGAAGCCCGGUCACACCAGCAAUUAAAGAGGUCAUAUUAUGCUUUU